UCUUUAUCUUGCAGAGGUGCGCUAUCUUCCGGUGUGAAGUAGAAUUCAAUUUACUGUUGUGUUUUGUUUUAUUGCUGCCGUACAGUUCCAUUCACAGAUGUACAAUGCAGUAAGUGAAAAAAAUUAACUGUAGCUAGAGCAGGUGUAAGUUCGUUCACAUCAGGUUUUUAAUCAUGGAUAAAUUUGUAGUUCGGUUACCAAAGGCAGACAGGGUGAAACAGGAACCGAAACAAGAGAGGAAUUACAAGCAAGCGACCUUAGAGUCUCUGCGGAGAGUGGUCGUGAUUGAAGACAUUGAAAGGUACAGGUCAAUCCUUGAACUGCCUGGCCAGCCUAAAGAAAAUAUGAUAGAAGCCUUGAAUGAGCUAGAUAAGAAAAUGCCUUCCAGAGAAGUCCUGAAGACUACCAGAAUCGGACACACAGUUAACAACCUACGCAAACACUCAGAAGAUCCUGAAAUCAAGUCACUAGCAGGGGAGGUGUAUAAACACUGGAGGACCUUCAUUGAGGAACAUGCAAAUAAACCUACCAUAGAAGUUCGCUGUGACAAACAGACAGAAAGUUUGAGGAGCAAUGCAAAGAAACUGCUAUCUGAAGCCACAGGGCUGAAGGUGGAGCAUGGACUGGUGGAGAACAUAGAGAGAGAAGUUUUUCACCAAAGCUCUCGACUUGUUAGUGGAGCAUACAGAAGGACUGUGAGGGCUCUUGUCUUUGCACUGAAAAAUAGGCCUGACUUGAGAGCACAGGUCAAGGAUGGCAAACUACCAGUUAAUAAAUUUGUAAGCAGUCACAAAAAGAAACUGUGAAGAACUGAAAAAUUCAAAUAUGGGACCUCAAGUAAUUUUUUUUUUUUUUUUUUUUUUUUUUUUUUAACUUUCAGUCUUGUUCUUAAAUACAACAUUUGACUUUUAUUUACAUCACAUUUAUCAGAAUGUUCUUUCCAAAACGGUACAAAAUAGAGAUGUAUCAAGUCCUUAUGUAUGCAUUGUGUGGCACACCUAUAAAAGCACCAACCACACAAUAGCAAUUAACAUGAGGAUCACAGCGAGAACACAGAUGCUGAUGAAGAUGAUGUCACUGGUCUCAUGAGGUUCACUUUCUUCAUCGACAUUCUUGUUGUUUGAUUCCUUGGCCAGACGGGCCAGUUCAUUGAGCCGGUUACGCUCCUCAACUGAGAUGAUGUUGACCAUUGCCAUCUUCCUCUGGGCGUCACAUUGCACCUCAUACUCCUGAAUAUUCUGCAGCGGUCCGUCUGAGUAGUCGAUAUAAAGUGAGUUCACCAGCAUGGUGAUGUUUUGACGUUUCUACAGAAGAUCACAGGAUAUGGUGCAACAUUAAUUUUAAUUUAAACAAAACCAUAUUAAAUCUGGUCUCUAAGCUGAUGUAAGAUAUAUCAGAUAUUCGCUAACAUCAGCCACUGAAUUAGACCUAAAUUUAAGACUGUUGUUGAAAAAGGUGUAGGGCAGUAGAGGUGUUUUAAAUGUGGUAUCCCAAGAAAUCACUGCAUGAGGGUCUCUUUGUCUUAUAUACCUGUCCAGCGGUUCCACAGUUGACAAAACGGGCUAGAAUUUUGUAGGAUGUUUCUGUCAGCUGGGCCGAACAGGAUGGAUUCCCAAGAUAAAUGUUCUCACGGUCAAGCUGGGGCAAAGCCUCUCUGGAGAUCUGAAUCUGAAACUCUGUUCGGGUGCAGCUUACAUUGACUGGGACCACUGCAAGACACGAACCAAAACAAAAUAACAUAUUCAGGUUGAGUUCAAUGUGGUGUUUACAAUAAUUAUGUGAAGAACGUAACAAUUCUUUGAGGAAUAUUUUGAGGUAUAAAUGCAAUUCUCUUUUGCCAAACAAUGUGAUAUGUGAUUGUUUUAAAUAAAUAUGUUCACACAGACUAUUAA